ACAACACACAAAAAAUUAUCGUCUCGGUUAGGCCAGACCAGCGCUCGAGCGUCGGUUCCGCGGAAAAUUAAAGAAAAUAAGUUAUCCGAAAGAUAAAUUGUUAAUAGCGAGUGGUAAAUAUGCGCAAGCGAAAGUGUUUACACUAAAUUUGAAUGAAUGCAAAUAGCAGCCAGGAGAAAUCGAGUACCAAAAACAAGGGCAGCAACACAAGGAAAUUGCAGCUAUUAUUGAAUUCGUUCUUUCCCAUAAAAAGGUCAACCCUUCUCCCCAAAGUGGCUUGCUUUAAUGCAAUGGAUGUACUACAAGUCAAGCAUAGAGAUUAGCCCAAAAUCCUUUGAAUUUUAAAUUCAAAAUCCUUAUUUAGUUUACUCCUAGUAGCCUAGCUUAGCCUAGCCCAGGAUAGUCAAGAAAGAGAGGUUAUAAGCCACAAAUUAUAGUAAUUAUAUAAUAAAAACAAAAACAUUUUUGGAAAAUCCCCCACGGCCCGGUAGAUAACAAUCGACUAGGAGCCGAAGAUUCAUCAUGACGACCGACACCCGCCGACGUGUUAAACUCUACGCCCUUAAUGCAGAGCGGCAGUGGGAUGAUCGUGGCACUGGACAUGUUUCAUCCACAUACGUGGAUCGACUUAAAGAUCAAUCUCUUGAUGAUGCAUUUUCAGGCAUAUCCCUGCUGGUGCGAGCUGAGUCCGAUGGCUCCUUGUUGUUGGAGAGCAAAAUUCAACCAGACACUGCCUAUCAGAAGCAACAGGACACACUUAUUGUCUGGUCGGAAGGAGAUAAUUUUGAUUUAGCGCUUAGCUUUCAGGAGAAGGCUGGCUGCGAUGAGAUAUGGGAGAAGAUAUGCCAGGUACAGGGCAAAGAUCCAUCUGUCGAAAUUACGCAGGAUAUUGUGGAGGAAUCAGAGGAUGAACGUUUCGAGGAUAUGUCAGAUACGGCGCCGCCCAUUGAGCUGCCAGCGUGUGAAAUAAACCGACUCGAAGAUAUUUCAGAGACGAUACAAAGCUGCUUGUCGACGCCGUUGCGUAAGGAGAAACUCUCUAUGGCUCUUGAGUCGGAGAGUUAUAUCAAAAAGUUGCUGAAUCUGUUCCAUAUGUGCGAGGAUCUGGAAAAUACCGAGGGUCUGCACCAUCUGUUUGAGAUAUUCAAGAAUAUCUUUUUGCUAAACAAAAAUGCCCUCUUUGAGAUCAUGUUUGCCGAUGACACAAUUUUCGAUGUAGUCGGCUGUCUGGAGUAUGAUCCUAGUGUGUCACAGCCAAAGAAGCAUCGCCAGUAUUUAAAGCAAUGGGCCAAAUUUCGUGAGGCAGUGCCCAUUAAGAAUCCAGAUCUGUUGGCAAAAAUCCAUCAAACGUUUCGGGUGCAGUACAUACAGGACAUUAUAUUGCCCACACCGUCGGUGUUUGUUGAGGACAACAUGCUGAAUACACUUUCCAGUUUCAUAUUCUUUAACAAGGUCGAAAUUGUGACAAUGAUCCAGGAGGAUGAACGUUUCCUGCUCGAUGUCUUUACGGUGCUCACAGAUCCCGCCACUGGUGACGCAAAGCGUCGCGAUACGGUUUUGUUUCUCAAGGAAUUCUGCAAUUUCGCCCAAAAUCUGCAGCCGCAGGGCAAAGAUUCCUUUUAUAAGACGCUCACCUGCCUUGGCAUACUGCAGGCAUUGGAGUUGACGCUGGUCAUGAAUGACAAGAAGACCAAAUCAGCCUCCAUAGACAUUCUCACGGCUAUUGUGGAAUUUUCGCCAUUGGUAGUGCGUAAUUAUACGCUCAAUCAGGUGAAUCGGCCCGAAGGAGAGCGCAUGCUGCUUAAUAUUGCCAUCGAACAAAUGCUUAAUGAUUCAGAACCAGAGCUGGGCAUUGCAGUGCAAUUGAUGGGCAUUAUUAAAAUCUUGCUAGAACCGGAGAAUAUGCUGACCGAGAAGGGAGAUUUUCUCAAUUUUUUCUAUAAAUACAGCGUACAAACGCUUGUUGCCCCCCUAAUGCUCAAUACAAUGGGUGAUCGCCCUCAGAAUGAGGACUAUCAGACAGCCCAAUUGCUUGGCAUUGUUUUGGACAUUUUAUCAUUUUGUGUGGAACAUCAUAGCUAUCACAUUAAGAACUUCUUGUUACAAAAGGAUCUCCUCAAACGAAUUCUAGUGCUAAUGAAAAGCACACAUACGUUCCUUGUAUUAGGCGCCCUACGAUUGUUGCGUAAAAUAAUUGCACUCAAGGAUGAGUUUUACAACAGACACAUUGUAAAGUGUAAUCUAUUUGCGCCUGUGGUUGAUGCCUUUAUUCGUAAUAAUGGCCGUUACAAUCUUUUGGAAUCAGCCAUACUGGAAUUAUUCGAGUUUAUAAAACUCGAAGAUAUACGCACAUUGUGCGUGUAUUUUGUAGAGAAUUUUAGCAAGAUAUUUGAUGAAAUCGAAUAUGUGCAGACAUUCAAAUAUUUGAAGAAUCGCUAUGACCAGUAUCAAGAUCGUCUUAAGGAUCGUGACAAGAUGGAAAACCGAACUGAUGGUGGCUUGCCCAUAAUUCGCAGCGCUGGACGUUUUCGUCGAGAUCAACGUCAAAUGGAGGAGGAAGAGGAAAUGUGGUUUAACGAGGAAGAUGAUUUUCCAGAGGAAAUUGAUACGUAUAAUAAUGUUAUAAAAUCCGUCAGCGAAAAGAAUGGCCCGCAAACCCAACAAAGCCAGUCACAGACGCAGAGAUCCUCGCCCCCACACAGCACGUCACCACAAAGCGGUGGUCUGUUGGGCAAUUUGAAUUCCACAGCGACAGCAACUGCCACCUCAGUAUCAGGAGCAACCUCAUCGGCAUCAUCAUCAUCAACAUCAUCAUCUGCAACAACAGCAGCUACUCCACCCGUAGUCAGUGGUGGUGGCAGUAGUCCAGAGUCAUCGAGUAGCAUUGAAGAGCAAACUCAGGCUGCUGUUCAUUUAGCGACGGCUGCCAAUAUCGCUCUUCAGCAGCAGCAGCAACAACAACAACAACAGCAGCACGCAUUCCAGCAACAGCAAUCACAGCCCGAGAUUGCAGAACUGCAACAACAGCUGGGCAAUGUAGAGCAGCAGCAGCAGCAACAAGCGCAAAAUGAAGAUACAGCGUCACUUGUAAGUGUGUUGCCUUCGUCAUCAUCCGCAUCCUCGCUUGAAGCGUCCACCUCAUCGUCGUCGUCGUCAUCAUCAUCAUCUUCGUCAUCAUCCUCGUUAUCUUCAUCGCCUCCGACACCGGUGCUGUGCGAUUCCGCGACAGUAGUUGCAGUAGCAGCCGCCUCACAAUUGUUUACAACAAUUGCUUCGGCCAUGGCAGCAUCUGCAGCCGCCACAACUACGUCCAGCCUGGCAACAGCAAACGCACCGGCAACAUCAGAACCGACUGUAAACAGUUUAGAUAGCGAUUCUAUUGAAACGCCAUCGGCGAAUACAUGUAAUGAGGCCAAUGAUGAUUCCAUAAAGGACGAUGAGGACGAGAACGGGGAGAAGGACAAAAAUGUGGCUACUACUACGGCGGAAGGGUCCUCUGAAGCGGCAACUGAGGCAGAUAAAGAUACAGCCAAGAAGGGUCUGGUGGAUUAUGAAAGUGAUUCCGGGGAGGAUGAUUACGAAGAGGAUGAAGACACAUCCGAUGGGCCACAAACACAAAAACGCGCACGUCUGGCAUAGUUAAUAGAGAUGGAGCACAGCGGCAUCAAUUAUAAAUCCAUGGAACAAACAACAAAUUAAAGCAACAACAGCAAACACACACACACACACAACAUACCCACACCAACAAAUGCAAGGAACGAAGAGUAUCGGCAAAUGUAGCUAGCUGCACCAGCGGUUGCAGUUAUGAAAGGCGACGCUCCUUUGAUUUAUUAAAACACAACAACAAAAGGCAUACAAAAAAGAAAAACGAAAGUAAAACGAACACAGAGAGAGGUACGAUGUAAGAUCGAACAAGAAAACAAAAGGAAAACCAACAUAAAACAUAACAAUUUAGCAUAAAAGAAAAUUUAUUUUAAAGAAAAA